AUGGACAACCCCACGAGCCAGAUCAGUGCAACCACUGCCGGCUCCAGUGCUGCGAGCUAUGUCCAUAACCUUGGCGACAGCAAUGAUUUCGCCGAUCUCAUGGAUCACAACUUCUUCAACAGGGAAGGUGUCAUCAUCUUGAGGCCUGGAAAAGGCCCUGUCCUCAAGAGCUACACAGUACCAAGAGCACUUCUGAAGCAUCGCUGCCCUGCCUUCAAGUCAGGCAUCCUUCCGGAAGAUGACGAUAUCUUUGUUUUCAAGAAUCACUCUGUAACAGCAGUCGAAGCGUUCUACUACUGGCUCAUCCGUGAUCGCUUGCCUGAUCGUAUCUCCAAGCCCCAGUCAUCAGACGACGACACAGAACAGGAGAAUGCCGAAGGCGACAACACAGAUGCCGAACGUGGAGCCGUGAAAGACACAAAAGGCGACAGCACAGAGGUCGAUAAGUCAGAGGCUGGUGAAGCAGAGGACGGUGAAUCAGGAAGCGAUAGCUCAGAUGACGAUUAUUACAAGGACCCGACUGAAUUCGGACUUUGGCUGAGCGCCUGGCUGAUAUUCCAGGAAUUCUACGUCAUAGUGCCUCAGAAUCUGGUCAUGAAAAGACUGUGUCGGCUCGUGGUGAGCUGCCGCUCUCGAGGCGAUCAAGCAUUCAACGAAAACGACAUUGCCCUGGCAUACUUCCAUCUGAGACGCAUGCAGGAAUACCCUAAUUCCGCCGGCUAUAAGAUUCUGCUCCAGUUCAUCAAUGACGCUUUGCUAAUCGAGAUGUGUCGCGACCCGUACGGCGAGUGGUUGGGAUUGGUUCAGCAUCAUCCCGCUCAGACAAAGCUCAUGCGCAGGACGGUCGAUGUGUUGUCUCAGAGAGCUGCGAGUCCAGAGGAGUCGAGCAUUGAUGUUCUCACUGACAAAGUGGAAGAGUACAAUCUCGGGAAAGUGGUUGUGGACGAACAGGAUGGACCAUCGACUCUUCCCAACAUUGGUGCAGAUUUGAGAUUCGAGCAGCAUGACUGGGAACGGGGUGGUGGAACUUGGCUGCUUGAGUACCAUUAG